UGCCUGGCGGGGGUGGCCCCGUCCCCGCUCGGACGAGGGGAGGGGGCGGCCUUUGCAGGCGGGAUCCGGCGCCGCGCAGGAAAGCCUUUCUCCCCGGGGGCGAGGAGGGACGCUCCGAGCGCCCGGUGCGGCUGGGCGGUCUCCCCGCGCCCCGGCUCCCCCCUCCCCAUCCCGGGCGCCUCCGUCCUCCCGCCUCAUGCGGCCGGGCCGGGGCCGCCGGAGCCCGGGGCCGCCCCGCCUCGCCUCGGCGGGAGGGCGCUGCCCCGGCGCUGCGGCGGGGCUCCCCCGAGGGGGAGCGCCCGGUGUCGCGGCGCUUGUGCGAGGCCGGCGCCGCCGAGGCGAGCCGCCGCCGCCCGGGAGCGGGACAAAGGGCCGCGGGCCGGCCCGGGGCGGCACCGCCGCAGGGGCAGCACCCCGCGGGCACCGCCGGGCGGGGGGCGGCGGCCGCCCGGGCCAUGCAGCUGCCGGCGGGGGGAGGAGCGGCCGGCGGCGCCCCAGAGGGGGCAGCGCUCGGGGGGAGCGGGGGGGGGGGUCUGGCAGCGCCGGCGGCCCCCGAGCGGGCCGUGCCCUGGGCCGGCUGCCGCCCCGCUCGCCCGGGAGGGGCUUGGCCGCGCCUCAUGCGAGGGGGAGCCUCUCCGCGGCGAGCGGCCGCCCGCCCUCCGGUGCCCGGCGCUGCCUGCGGUGCCGGGACAGCACCGGGAGUGACUCGGCGGGGGGAGGAGAAGAGGAGGAAAAGAAAUCAGAUUGCCGAAGGGAUUAGGAAGGGGGGUGGGGAGGCGAAGACCUCUUCCCCCCCCCCCCUCCCGCCCCCCUACACACGCUUGUGAAGCUUUUCAGAGUUAUCCUUCAGCAUCAGUGGCACCGGCGGGCGAGCCCGGGGGAGCAGCGACACCGAAACGUGCUCGGCACACUGCAAGAGAGAUCAGAGGGAGCGGCCCGGGCCGGCCGACCCUGCCCCGGCCCCGGCCCCUGCCCCUGCCCGCGGGGGACUGCACUUCCCGUCUGCGAUAUUUCAUAUAUAUUUUUUUUUUUUUAAAUCCCUAUUUCUUGUGCUUUCUCGAAGAAGGACGGGUUUUGUAGUAUUGCGGGCGGGCGUGCUGCCGGGCCGCCUGCCCUGGCCGUGCGAGGUGGGGCGAGCGGGGGAGAGAGAUGCCUCUGAUGAGAGGGAAAGUCGUGCUCAUCCUCGGCUUCGUCUUUCUGACUUUCCUGGCUGCGGUGAGAGGGCUGCCCGUGAGGAAGCAGCGCACCAACAGCCCAAAGGAGAGGGGCUCCAAGCUGGCAGAGGUCUCCGCAUCAUCCGACCCGCGUUCAGUGGGGGACGAGGAGCUACCGCUGUCAGGCAAGGCGCGGGGGCUGAGGCGGAGCGGGCAGGCUGGCCCACGGCGGCACAGGCGCCGCGGGGUGGCUCAGCAGGCUCAGCAGGCUGCCAGGAGCCCGGCAGUGCCCCAGCCCAGCAGCGCUGGCCGGGAGGAGAACCUGCCCUUCAUGCUGGACCUGCAGAGCUUACCAGGGCUAGCCAACGUAGACCUGAGCGCACAGAACCCCAAUAUCCAGGUGACCAUCGAAGUGGUGGAUGAUCCUCAGGCUGAGAUGGAGAUGGACUUGUUGAAGGAGACAAGCAAUGACUGGUCUCUGAUGUCCUCUGAGUGGCUGUCCCACAAGGACCUCUUCUGGCCCCUCUUCUGGGAAUACACUGACCCUGCUGAGGAGGAGGAAGAGGAGGAGGAAGAAGAAGAAGAGGAGGAGGAGGAGGAAGAGGAUGACAACCUGGACGGAGAGGACAGGGAGGAGGAAGAGGAAGAGGAGGAGGAAGAUUACACAGCAGAGUAUGAGGAGGAGGAGUCCAUACUCAGUGGAGUGGGAGGUGACUGGGACCAGCAGUGGCCCGGGCAGAAGAACUGGAUCUUUAAAGAAAAAUAUAAUUACGACUAUGAAGACGAGGAGGAGUGGAGCCCGUGGUCCCCUUGCAGCAUCACCUGUGGCAGUGGCAACCAGAAGAGGACCCGGUCCUGUGGCUAUGCCUGCACAGCGACGGAGUCAAGGACCUGUGACCUGCCACGCUGCCCUGGAGCAGAGGGGGAAAUGGUCUUCCCCACAGAGGAGACACCUUUCAAAAGUGACAACACCACGGAGCUGUUCAACUCAGAGGUGGACAGCUGUGAGAAGUGGCUGAACUGCAAGAGUGACUUCCUCACAAAGUACCUGAGCAAGGUGCUGACAGACCUGCCCAGCUGCCCCUGCUCCUACCCACUGGAGGCUGUCUACAGUGCCGUCAACCUGCGGGAUGAGCAGCAGGGCAAGAGCUUCCGAUGGCGGGACGCCAGUGGCCCUAAGGAGCGCCUGGACAUCUACAAGCCAACGGCACGCUUCUGCCUGCGUUCCAUGCUCUCCCUUGACAGCACCACCCUGGCUGCCCAGCAUUGCUGCUAUGACGAGCACACCCAUCUCAUCACCCGUGGCAAGGGGGCUGGUGUCCCCAACCUCAUCAGCACAGAAUUCUCCCCAGAGCUGCACUACAAGGUGGACAUGCUGCCCUGGAUCCUCUGCAAAGGUGACUGGAGCCGCUACCACGCCGUCCGGCCCCCCAACAACGGGAGGCGGUGUGCAGACAACCCCACUGAGGAGGAGUACCUCUCCCAGCUGCAGGAGGCCAAGGAGUACUAGCCACAGCCAUGCUCAGAGGAGCCACGGCCACAGCCAGCUCCCACCCUGGCUCAGCCUGGCAAAGCCCCAGCCCUGCUCAUGGGCUCCUUGCUGGUGCUGUGCAGAGCAGGCAGGAUGCACCAUCCAUCUCAUCCCCUCAGAGGGGUGCCUCGGCCCCUCCCUUGGAUUUCCGAGGGUGCUGGAGGUUAUUGCGGUGUGAUCCCUGCCAUGCCACCCGCAGCAGUCCUGCACCCCAGGGUGCCUGGGCUGGUACACAGGGAGCCACGGGGGAUGGGAGGUGUAAAGGGAAUGGGGGGUUACUCCCGUCUGCUUUUUAUUCUCUACAAUCUGUCAAUACAGCCUUGAAGCUGGGCAUCUGCAGGGUGAAAUGGCCUCAGCUCCUGCGGGCUUCAUGCUGUAUCUGAGGAGCUGGCCUGCUGCAGGCAGAGCUGCUUGCUCUUGCCUGCACACCUGCCCUGGCACACGCUCGUCUACUUCUGAAACUGGGGGUGGGUCCUCCUAGGGAGUGGCAGGGCUGUCCCAGCCAUGUGUACAGAGCCGGGCCUCCCCUCUCCAUGGGUUUGUGCUUGCAUGGUUGGGAAGGAGCAGGGGGAGGCUUAGCAGGAUUUUAUGGAUCCGGGGGUGUGUGGGACAGGAAGAGUCUGGCUGCCUCGGCUCCUUUGGCAAGACUGCCUUGCCACUGCAAUUUUGGCCCAAAAGGGAACACUGGGUGCUAAAGCCAGACACAGGUGGGCCUCAGAGGUCAGCACGGGGGGAAAACCACCUGUGUGCAUUUCAGCCCCUCUGCCUCGAUGCUUGGGGGAGCGGGGUGGCAGCAGCCGCCUGCCUCCAUGCCUCGGCUCCCUGGCAGCCCACCAGUGGGUUUCAGUGCUUGGGAGCACCCGUGACAUGGCCCAGCAGAAAGUCCUGCAUUUCCCACCCACAGCUCUCCCGGGGGCAGGAGGCAGCUCAGCACCACUCGUGCCAUUGCUGGAGAGGGGGAAAAAGCACCAAGCCAAGUUCUCCAUGGAGAUGGGAACAAGUUAGGCACUGCUGGGAGCACCCAGCAUUGCCCCUCUCUGGUCUGCUGCUGGCCGUGAGCCUGGCUCUAUGCUGUGUCUGCCCAGGUCCCCAGCGAGAGGCAGCCCAGAGAAAGCAAGUCAUGGGCAGACCCUGUGCUCCUCCGGCUCGCUGCCUGGCCAGGUGAGCAAUUGUAGCUCCAAAGGAGGAAGACACACGUGUGCUAAUAAUGGCCAUACCUGGUGCCUGCAGAUCAUGGAUCAUGAUGCUCUCUGUUGGUGCUUUGGUCUUGCCUGGGUUUUAUUCAGCUUUUCAUGGGUCAAUGGCAGUUUCUCCCAGCAUAUUUUGGGAGCUCCCAAGUUUCCCACAGAGAAACUAGGCUGAGUACUUUUAUCCCUGCACAUUCAGUUGCUGAACCUGGCAGAAACUGUUCAUAGCUAUACUUAGCAAAUUUUAUGCAUCAGAGGAAAUAAAAGAGCAAAUCAAGCACAUGUAAAGAAGAAUGGAGUAAUUUCUAGACUAGAGGUUUUACCCAAGGCUGUUGGCUACUCCAUGUUUUUUCUGCAGGAUGCUGUUGGACAAAAAAAUAGCUGUCUGGGUGCAAAGGUACUUGCUGACUGUCCUUGCAUAGGUCUGUCCUUGCAGGAGCUUUCUCCAGGGCCAGUGAAUAUCCAUGAUCUGGUAGCUCUUUGGCUGCAAACAGCCUUUCUUGAAGGAGACUGAAUAGCUCAGCCAAUUUGUUUGUUAGACUGGCUGCUCUCUGAGGAAGUGCUCCUCUAAUAAGAACUGUUACCCAGGAUUUGCACCUCCUCUUUAUACUAAGUAUGUCAACUAGUCUAACCCCCAGAAAUGAAACUAUAAUUUCUCUAACAAAUGGAGUUCCCAUCCAUGGGCAAGCAGAAAAGUUACUUAGGUUGAGCGCCCCCCACCCCAAAAGCUGGUUGGAAGCUGAGUGUCUGUUCUGCCUUGCUGCCGCUAUGGUUUGGACCGUACAGGCAUGAACUGGAGCAUGAGAAACAAGAAGCAUUGUAAUUCCUCACACAAGCACCUUAGGCACCGAGAGGCUUUGUGGGGCCCUAUGAGAAAAGUAGGCAUUAAGCAAGUGUUUAUUUUUAUAUCCCAUCAAAGAUUCUGUCCAGCCCACUGCUAUUUAAGUGAUGAAUCUCUAAGCUUCCACUCCUUAAGCUUAUUGUUUUCUAUAUAUAAUAUAUAUAAAAUGUCUUUUAUUCCUACAAAAUUUCAUAGAGAAGAUUUCAUUAUUCUGAUGCUGCAAUAAAGCACUUUAUAUAAAGUA